UACAAUACUCGUCUUUGCGUACGAAACAAACACUAGCUAGCUUCUGUAUGUUACUGCUUCCUUCUUUUCUUUCUCUUUUGAUAUAAUCAAGCAAGUUCAUGAGUGUUAAUAUGGAAGAGGGUAGAGUAGUGAUGAGUAGUAGUAGUGAGUAUACACAAGAUGGUAGUGUAGAUCUUAAAGGAAACCCUGUUCUCAAAUCCAAAAGGGGUCGCUGGAAAGCUUGCUCCUUUGUUGUCGUAUACGAGAUAUUCGAAAGGAUGGCAUAUUAUGGAAUAUCAUCAAAUCUGAUAUUGUAUCUGACAAAGAAGCUUCAUCAAGGAACUGUUACAGCUUCGAAUAAUGUAACAAACUGGGUUGGCACCAUUUGGAUUACUCCCAUAUUUGGUGCCUACAUUGCCGAUGCUCAUCUUGGUCGCUAUUGGACCUUUCUCGUUGCCUCUAUCAUCUAUCUCUUGGCCCGCCGGAUGUGCGUGGAGACAAGCCGUCGGGCAUGCUGGAGUCAUGCAUGGAGUCCGCCGGGCGUGGAUGGAAGGCUGCUGGGCGUGAGGCCAAUCCAUCGAGCGUGGGGGGAAGGUCCUCCAGGCCUGGGAAAGGGUAUGUCUGUACUGAUAUUGUCAGUUUCCCUUCCGAGCCUAAAACCACCUCAAUGCCAUGAAGCUGAUGUAACAAAGUGCCAAAAGGCCUCAACACUUCACCUAGCUGUAUUCUAUGGUGCACUUUACACUCUAGCAUUGGGAACAGGUGGGACCAAACCCAACAUUUCCACCAUAGGUGCUGACCAAUUUGAUGACUUUGAUCCAAAAGAAAAGAGCCACAAACUCUCCUUCUUCAAUUGGUGGAUGUUCAGCAUCUUCAUUGGGACCCUCUUUGCAAACACUGUCCUUGUGUAUAUACAAGAUAAUGUAGGGUGGACUUUAGGGUAUGGUCUUCCAACUCUUGGCCUUGCAUUAUCAAUUAUGAUAUUUUUUGCAGGGACACCCUUCUAUAGACACAAAUUGCCUUCAGGGAGUCCCUUCACUAGAAUGGCCAAGGUCAUUGUGGCUUCUAUAAGGAAAUGGAAUGUCAUUGUUCCUAGUGACCCUAAAGACCUAUAUGAGCUUGAUUUAGAAGAGUAUGCAAAGAAUGCGAAAGUCAGAAUUGACUCAACUCCAACAUUGAGGUUCCUGAACAAAGCAUGUGUGAAUACUGGUUCAAGUCAUAAUGCAUGGAUGCUAUGCCCUGUUACACAAGUGGAGGAGACAAAACAAAUGCUUAGAAUGAUCCCAAUCUUAGUAUCCACAUUUGUCCCUAGCACAAUGGUUGCUCAAAUCAACACCCUUUUUGUGAAACAAGGAACAACACUUGAUAGAGCCAUUGGAAGAAGCUUCAGUAUCCCCCCAGCAAGUUUAGGUGCAUUUGUGACACUCUCAAUGCUCAUAUGUGUUGUGAUCUAUGACCGUUUCUUUGUGAAGAUUAUGCAAAAGUUAACCCACAAUCCAAGAGGAAUUACCCUUCUUCAAAGAAUGGGAAUUGGACUGGUAAUUCACAUUGUGAUUAUGGUAAUUGCAUUUUUAACUGAAAGGUAUAGGCUUAGUGUUGCAAAAGAACAUGGGUUGGUCCAAAAUGGAGGACAAGUUCCACUAAGCAUAUUCAUAUUGCUACCUCAAUUUGUGCUUAUGGGAACUGCUGAUGCAUUUUUAGAGGUUGCAAAGAUUGAGUUUUUUUAUGAUCAAGCACCAGAGAGCAUGAAGAGUUUAGGCACUUCUUAUUCCAUGACAUCCUUAGGAAUUGGGAAUUUCCUUAGCACUUUUGUUCUCUCAACAGUUUCACACAUCACCAAGGAACAUAGCAGUGAACACAAAGGCUGGAUUUUGAACAACUUGAAUGCUUCCCAUCUUGAUUAUUAUUAUGCACUUCUUGCAGUGCUCAACUUCUUGAACUUGAUCUUUUUCUUGGUUGUUGUGAAGUUCUAUGUCUACAGAGCUGAAGUUUCUGAUUCCAUAAAACAUCUUACCGAAGAAUUGAAGGAAAAGAAAGCUGUUGUGUCAAACCAAGUCAUACCAAGAGAUUAAUUUCGUGAUAUGGAUGUUUGAAAUGUGGAAGAGAAAACAACUAGCUAAAAUGGAUUAGUUCAGAAUAUACAUAAUGUACUUGAGUUUGAGACA